AUGCUGCCACCGAAUCCCUCAGGCGGCAUCCCCCCGGAGCUGGGCGGGCUGACGGGGCUAAAGGAGCUAUAUCUUUUCAACAACAAUCUUUCCGGUGAGGCCUUGCGGUUGGCUGUGUUGUAUGUAAGGAGUCUGGUUGUUUGUGGUUGAUAUUGUUUCGUGUUCUAUGCUAGCCUAGCGUCGGCGUGCUUGGCGUCUCUGACUUGGGAGUGACCGGUGGGUGUGUCUUGUACUUGGUGCGAUUGCGAUUCGCUUGGUGUGACAGUCGCUGGUCAUUGGUGCUGUACUUUCACGUGGAAGUCCAGGAGGUACAGCAGGUGCUUCAACAGCUAUCGCGCAGAAAAUAUCCAAAUAUGU